AGAGAGCUCCGCAGUUAUGUCCCAGCCAGCCCCUGUGAAAAAGAAGCGUCCUCCAGUAAAGGAAGAAGACCUCAAAGGAGCCAGAGGAAAUCUUGCCAAAAACCAGGAGAUUAAAUCCAAAACCUACCAAGUGAUGAGGCAGUGUGAACAAAUGGGCUCUGCAGCACCUUCCGUAUUCAGCCGAGCUCGGACAGGGGGUGAAACUGUCUUUGAGAAACCGAAAGAUGAGCCAGCCAAGAGCGUCUUUGGCUGACAGCAGAGCUCGAUGUGUCUCACCCACAUGAUGGUUGUAACAUUUUCCCAAAUUUCUGUCCCUUACACUAAAGUUACUGUAG